AUGGUUAAGAAACCAAAUGAAGCUGAAGAGGACCCUUCAACUCUAAAAUGGUCAUGGAGACCAGAGAACAUGGACAAUUUCCUUUUGAGAGGAAAAGGAGAAUCUACAAACACACAACUCUUUGAUCAGAAAGUAGUAAGCAAUGACCAAAGUGAUUAUCUAUGGUAUAUGACUACCGUUAAGUUUAGAAAACGAGAUCCAUUUUUGGGUAAAAACAUGUCUCUCCGCGUCAAUAGUACUGCUCAUGUCCUUCGUGUUUUUGUCAAUGGAAAACAUAUUGGUAGUCAACACGCUGAAAAUGGAAAAUUUCACUAUAUUUUUGAGAAAGAUGCAAAGUUUAAGUCCGGACGUAAUGUCAUUUCUCUCCUUAGCAUAACUGUGGGACUUCAGAACUAUGGUGCUUUCUUCGAAAGUGUUCCAGUUGGAAUCACUGGACCGAUUUCAAUUAUUGGAAGAAAUGGUGAUGAAACCAUAGUUAAGGACUUGUCUUCUCAUAAAUGGAGCUAUAAAACCGGUUUAAAUGGGUUUGAGAACAAACUCUUUAAAACGGAAUCACCGUCUAAAUGGUCAUUCCAAAGUGUACCAUUGAACCGAACCAUGACUUGGUAUAAGACUACGUUCAAGGCUCCAUUGGGAAAUGAUCCAGUUGUUGUCGAUCUUUUGGGACUUGGAAAAGGUACAGCUUGGGUCAAUGGAAACAACAUUGGACGCUAUUGGCCGGCAUUCAUUUCAAGCUCUGAUGGUUGUUCUGCGAAAUGUAACUAUAGAGGGGCUUAUUAUGCGGAAAAGUGUCAGACCAAUUGUGGAGAACCUACACAAAGAUGGUACCAUGUUCCUCGUUCUUUCUUGAUCACAGAAGGAGAUAACACACUAAUUUUGUUUGAGGAGAUGGGAGGAAACCCAUCGCUUGUCAAUUUUCAAACUACUAUAGUGGGAAGUGUAUGUGCCAACGUCUAUGAGAAAAAUGUUAUUGAGCUUUCAUGCGAUAGGAAAACUAUUUCUGCCAUCAAAUUUGCCUCUUUUGGUAACCCAGAUGGAAAUUGUGGAUCUUUCGUAAAGGGAACCUGCGAAGGAAGUAAGAACGCUGUUGAUAUUCUAACAAAAGAAUGUGUCGGAAAAGAGAAGUGUUCCAUUGAUGUCACUGCAGAAAAGUUUGGAGUACCAGAUUGCAGUGGUGCUGCUAGAAGGCUCGCUAUUGAAGCUAUAUGUUAA